GUGGAUGUAACUUUGUAGAUUUUGACAUUAACCGAUACAGCAAUACAAUUUCAACUUUUCUUCUCUUGUUCUUUUCCACGAAAAUGUCAGACCAUGCACGUGAAGCUAUAUAUACAUACAUACAUACAUACAUAUAUACGAUUUUAGCUUCGAUUCAGCACCGUUUGAAUGCCGAUCAUCGUCAAACCACCACCAAUAAUUUACUCAUCGUCCGGCGAGUCCAAUAUAGCCUCACCUAUCCAUUUUCAUCAACGAAUGACGACUGAUGCUCCUCCACCCAACGACGUCUAUAAUCAAUUAUGAUUUGCCGAUGAUCUAAACAGGUGGUGCGAUUGGACUGUAUUUUUCUCAAUUUUUAUGUGAUUUUUAGAAUUGAAAGUUGAUUAAAUUAUUGAUGGUUACUGUUUCACCGUCAAUAAUUGUUGUCAAUGCAUGUGGUGCUUUCUACCACUGAAAAUCGUUUCAGUUAAUUCCGUAUGAUUUGUAUUCUUCUGAGACAUUUGUCGGCUAUGAAGUUACUUUUUUUGCACUAAGUCAAUUAGAUGCUGAUAUUUUGAAAAAAAAUACUAUUUACCCUUGAAGUGUAUUGUCCUUCUCCCUCUAUAUAAUAUGUUACACUCUUUAUGCUAUUUGCACUUUCGUUCUCUGCUUAUUGCUCAACAUUCUAAGAGUAGCCUGUCGAGCUUAUUCUGUCGAACGUGAAGUAGUGUAUUACAGUUGUUUACACAUUCGAGUACUCUCAUCCAUCUAACAUUUGGCUUUACCAUUUUUUUGUUAUUAAGGUACACCAAUUUGGGGAUGGCGAUGGGUUUGGGUUAGAUCGGAUCCGAACCUGCUUCGAUUGGAAUGGGUUUUGAAAUAUUAAACAGAAUUGAUGAAAAGAUGGGUUCAUGGGGUAAGCAGUUUUCUUCAUGGGGGAAAAUUUCUGUGCUGCAUGGAGGGAUUCUUGAAAUGGGAUGGUCGGGCGAUUUUAGGACCGUUCUUGAUUGCUUGAACGUAUUCGUGGCUGUUGUUUUUUAUGUGGUUUUGAUUGCAAAAAGGAAAAAUUGUUCAAGAGAGAGCAGAAGGGAUUGGUUUAAGGUAGCUGUUUCAGGUGGUUGUGCUCUUGUGAGCUUAGAGUAUUUUGGGAUUGUUGUGUAUGCUUUGGUAAUUAAACGCAAGGAAUUAAGUCAUUUGAAGUGGCUAGUGUUCUUUGCUAGGGGGCUAAUAUGGAUUACAUUGAGUAUUUCUGUGCUCGUACGAGGAUCCAAAGGGAUUGCUAUUCUGAAAUCUGUUUGGUGGAUCGUGUUUUUUCUGUUGGUUUUUGCGUUAAACGUAGUAGAGUUGGUUGAAUUGCACCGCAUACAGAUUCUAGAGCUUGCUCCUUGGCUUGCAAAUUUGUUGCUUUUCGUUUGCGGUUUGAGGGAUCUAUAUCAGAUUGUAUCUCAACCGGCCUUGGACAAUUGCUUCUUGGAACCUCUGCUUGUUGAGGAGUCUAAGGAUGAAUGUGUCAGUUUAAGCCAAGCUUCAUUUCUGAGUAAAUUGUCGUUUUCUUGGAUAAAUCCUUUGCUUCGUUUAGGAAACACUAAGCCCUUAAGUCUUGAUGACAUUCCUUAUCUGGGAUUAGAAGAUGGGGCUCAUAUGGCCUAUGGGAAGUUUAACGACGUGUGGUGCAUUCUUGAGAAAGAAAAGGGCAUAAACAGUUCCAAGAAUUUCGUAUUUUGGGCUAUUGCAAAGGUUCACUGGAGGAGUUUGGUGCUGGCUGGAAGUUUGGCAUUUUUUAGGACGAUUGCAGUUGUGGCUAGUCCAUUAUUGCUUUAUGCUUUUGUUAAAUAUUCAAAUCUUGAGAUGAAAAAUUUGAAAGAGGGUGUUUCCUUGGUGGGAUGUUUGGUGUUUCUGAAGGUCGUCGAGUCUUUGUCCUAUCGUCAUUUCUAUUUUUACUCCAGAAGAAUUGGAAUGAGGAUGAGAUCAGCUCUGAUGGUAGUUGUUUACCAGAAGCAGCUCAAGCUCUCGAGCGGUGGGAGACGAAGGCACUCAACUGGGGAGAUUGUGAAUUAUAUUGCAGUCGAUGCUUAUCGAAUGGGAGAAUUUCCAGUGUGGUUACAUGUCGGGUGGACUUCAGUCGUUCAGAUUUUUCUGGCUAUAGCUGUUCUUUCAGGAGUCGUGGGCCUUGGCGUGCUUCCCGGCCUAGUACCAUUCGUUAUCUGUGGUCUCCUCAACGUGCCGUUUGCUAAACUAAUUCAAAUGUAUCAGACUGAAUUCAUGAUCGCUCAAGACAAGCGACUGAGGUCGUUGUCCGAGAUUCUUAACAACAUGAAAAUAAUCAAGUUGCAGUCGUGGGAAUCGAAUUUCAAGAGCUUGAUCGAGUCCUUUCGAAAGAGCGAAUUUAAAUGGUUGUCCAAAACUCAGUACAUGAAAGCAUUUAACACACUUUUGUAUUGGAUGUCUCCAACAAUUGUUCCUUCCGUCAUUUUCUUCGGAUGUGUGCUCUUCAGGAGUGCUCCAUUGGAUGCUGGCACUGUUUUUACAGUUUUGGCUGCAUUAAGGAGCAUGUCUGAGCCUGUCAGGUUCUUGCCAGAAGCUCUGUCCACUUUGAUUCAGGUUAAGGUUUCCUUUGAUAGGAUUAACUCAUUUAUGCUUGAGGAUGAACUCAAGCAAGAACAUUUGCAAACAUGUCCUACAGGAGAUUCAGGCCUCAUCGUUCAUAUACAAGGUGGUUGUUUCAGUUGGGAUGCAGACACGUCUACUCCAACCCUGAGUGGAGUCUCAUUGGAAGCAAGGCUAGGACAGAAGAUUGCUGUUUGCGGGCCGGUUGGUUCUGGGAAGUCGUCACUUUUGUAUGCAAUCCUUGGCGAAAUACCAAAAAAAUCAGGAACUGUGAGUGUUCUUGGAUCAGUGGCUUAUGUUUCUCAAGUUUCUUGGAUUCAGAGUGGGACUGUUCGUGACAACAUACUCUUUGGAAAGCCUAUGGAGAAGAACAAAUACGAAGAAGCCAUCAGAGUUUGUGCUCUAGACAAAGAUAUUGAGAGUUUUGAUUAUGGCGAUCUCACUGAGAUAGGCCAGAGAGGGAUUAACAUGAGUGGAGGACAAAAACAGAGAAUUCAGCUUGCACGAGCUGUUUACAACGAUGCUGAUAUUUAUCUUCUUGAUGACCCUUUCAGUGCAGUAGAUGCACAUACAGCAGCAGCUCUUUUCAACGACUGCGUCAUGACAGCUCUAGCAAAGAAGACGGUAAUUCUUGUGACUCAUCAAGUGGAAUUCCUCAAUAAUGUCGAUAACAUUCUGGUUGUAGAAGGAGGACAAGUUACUCAAUCAGGUAACUACGAGGAACUUCUGGUUGCUGGAACGACCUUUGAACAACUCGUUUCUGCUCAUAAAGGCACCAUAGAGUCAUUCGAUGCUUCAUCUGGUUCAAAUCAAAAUGAACAUCGAGCACAACAUGUCGAUCAGCUAAAGCAGAAUAAUAAGUCUUAUGAUAAGGAAGAAAGAGACGGGGAAAUUCGAGAGAACAAAGGGAUACAGUUGACAGAGGAGGAAGAGAAGGAAGUAGGAGAUGUGGGCUGGAAAUCUUUCUUGGAUUACAUUUUCAUUUCAAAGGGAUGGGCCUAUUUUUGCUCCACCACAAUAGCUCAGCUUGGUUUUGUUGCUUUUCAAGCAGCUGCAAGCUUUUGGCUAGCAUUUUCCAUUCAGAAUUCCAAAAUGAGCAGCGUCUUUAUUAUCGAAAUUUACACUUUAAUCUCAUUACUUAGUGCAGUUUUUGUAUAUUUGAGAGCACUUUUUGCAGUUCUUUUAGGAAUAAAAGCAUCAGGAGCCUUUUUCUCUGGUUUCACCAACUCAAUCUUCAAUGCUCCCAUGCUCUUCUUCGACUCCACCCCUGUCGGGAGGAUACUAACGCGUGCCUCAUCUGAUCUAAGUGUGCUAGAUUUUGACCUUCCCAUGGCGUUCGUAUUUGUACUGGCUGCCGCAACGGAGAUGCUAGCAACAAUUGGCAUUAUGGCUUUUGUCACAUGGCAAGUUUUCUUUGUUGGCAUAUUCGCUAUGGUAUCUUCAAAAUACGUUCAGGGGUACUGCCAAAAAUCUGCUGGUGAGCUGAUGAGAAUCAAUGGCACUACAAAAGCUCCUGUUAUGAACUACGCAUCUGAGACAGCACUAGGAGUUGCUACAAUACGAGCAUUCAGAAUGGUCGAUACAUUUUCAUUGAACUACCUAAAACUGGUCGAUAUGGAUGCAAAAGUUUUCCUUUCAUCAAACGCCACAAUGGAAUGGCUUGUUUUGAGAACCGAAGCGCUUCAAAAUCUCACCCUUUUCACUGCUGCCAUCUUUCUAGUUUUAACUCCCAAGGGUUACAUUCCUCCAGGGCUCGUGGGACUCUCGCUUUCUUAUGCAUUUGCUCUAACCAGCACUCAGGUUUUUUUAUCUAGAUGGUAUAGUAACUUAGCUAAUUACAUCGUCUCGGUGGAACGGAUCAAACAAUACAUGCAUAUACCAGCGGAGCCUCCAGCAAGAAUAGAAGACAAGAGCCCACCAACUUCAUGGCCUCCAAAUGGGAGAAUAGAGCUGCUGGACCUAAAGAUACGGUAUCGUCCUAAUGCACCAAUAGUGCUGAAAGGGAUCACAUGCACUUUCACAGAAGGGACUAGAGUGGGAGUGGUGGGGAGGACCGGAAGUGGGAAGACGACACUAAUAAGUGCUUUGUUCCGUCUGGUUGAGCCUUACAGCGGGCAAAUUGUGAUAGACGGAGUUGAUAUUUGCUCCAUAGGUCUCAAGGAUUUAAGGCUGAAACUCAGCAUCAUUCCUCAAGAGCCGACUCUUUUUAGGGGUAGCAUUCGGACUAACUUGGAUCCACUAGGCCUUUACUCUGAUGAUGAGAUAUGGAAGGUCUUAGAGAAAUGUCAGCUGAAGUCUACUAUCACUAAACUCCCAAACUUGUUGGACUCUUCAGUGAGCGAUGAAGGCGAGAACUGGAGCUUGGGGCAACGGCAGCUCUUCUGCCUCGGUAGAGUCCUUAUAAAGAGGAACAGAAUCCUAGUUCUUGAUGAGGCAACAGCCUCAAUCGACUCAGCCACGGAUGCCAUCCUGCAGAGAAUAAUCAGAGAGGAAUUUGCUAACUGUACAGUGAUAACCGUGGCUCACAGAGUUCCAACCGUAAUAGACAGCGACAUGGUCAUGGUCCUCUCCUACGGGAAGUUGGUGGAGUAUGAUGAACCUUCAAAGCUUAUGGAGACUACUUCUUUCUUUUCCAAGCUUGUGACAGAAUAUUGGUCAAGUUGCAGAAGGGAUUAGUAAUGUUAUUCCGACGUAUAUCCAAGAACAUAAAGUAAGAAAGAAAUUAAACCAGAGAUUAUGAAACUAAAGUAGCAUAAACUAGUGUACGAGGUGCUUUGAUAGGAACGAACGUCGAGCAUAACAUAAAAUUGCAUAGGAUUACAUGAAAACCGCUCGAUGAUUAAGUCAGUAGUGGUUUCAAGAGGACUGAAUAGGUCAUUCUCAAGAUUUAUGGAUGCAAUAAAUGAGGAAACAUGUUUGGUAUUUGUAUUGGAUUCUUAUAAGUUUGGCUGAUUGUAUACUCUUGAUGUGGUUUCUGAAUUGUAUGGUAUCAAUGAUCCUUAAUCUAGGUCAGGGCCGGAUCGGAGCUGGGUAGGGUCAAUCUGGGUACUAUUUCAAUUUGUGUGAAAAUUUAGAUACCCUACUCCUGUUUCUAACAUUUUCUUGGUUUGGCUUA